AAAUAAUGAAGGGUUAAAAAUAACGACAUCUUCUUCUCUGCGGAUUCUUCUGAAAUGCUUCUGGAUUGUGUAUCGGAGAUGCAGGCAGUUCACAGUGGAAAUGGAAUUGUGGUCAAUCUCAAUUAGCAAUUUCUUCUUCUUUCGGGUUUGGCGUUACGGAGAAGAUGGGCGGUGUUCUGAGUAAGGCCGCCGAUGGCUUCGGAAAUGCCCUAGCCGUUCCCUUCAAGGCUAUGCUCGAAGGAUCUUGCGAGUCUGCCAUUUUUCAUCCUCCUGAAAUUAAAUAGAGGUUUGCAGCGGAGUUUGGGAUGUAUCGUGUUUCAUCACUCAUCUUUGUGUCUCGGAUUUGAUCAAGUUAUUUAUGAUCCUGGUGCUUUGCUACAUAACUUUGUUGUUCCUCUACAUGUUCUUCAAGCUGGGGAUAUGCCAGUGCGUAGGGAAAACUAUAUGCGGAAUGUAUUGCUCAGCGUGUAAGGCUUACUGGUCAUCAAUCGGGUGUCUAAUGUGUUUCCUCUGGCAUAAACUUAUCAAUGUUCAGCGUGUGGAUCGUCGCCUCCGCCGACCGCGGCGCUUCGUAGAUGUUGAAUCUGGUGAUAAUUCCUUCAGUCUCUACGGUGAGUCUUCGUUUGUUGAUGGAGGCGAUGUAAGGGUGUCUAGAAAGAGAAAGAUGACGAUCAAGGGGACCGGGGAAGGUAGGUUUUACGGCCAGCACAGUCCCCGCUACCGCCACCAUCACCACCACCGAAAGAGCCACCAUCCUCGGGAUAGUAUGUAUAGAAGAGAAGCUGGUCUUCAAGUUAAGAAUAGGCCUCUUAGAUUGGAAAAGUUAAGACAUCAUUCUCAGAGAAAGGACAUUGUUGUUGUUGGGCCCAAGAUGGCAUCCUUCAAACGAAGACGAAUCGCUGUCCACUGACUUCUCCUCUUCAAUACAUAUAUAUAAUCUAGAUCAAUUCAUUCAACUGUGAUUGUGUUAUUUUGUUUAUUUGUAGAUAUAUAUAGAUUCUGGAAUCUGCAAGAAAAGAAUUUAAGAAACUAA